AUGUAUUAGAAAUAAUAAUUUGGAGGAUAAGAUAAAUCAACUAUUGAAUGUAGAAAUUUAAGAAAACAUGGUAAAUGUUUAACAUCUGGUUGUCCAUAUUCUCAUAGUGCAGCAUCUGUUAAACCAAAAGUUCUGAAAAAGGUAUUUUAAGUAUAAAGUAACUUAAUGCCAGAAUAGAAUUAAUAAUAUCGAAAUAAUUAUUGGAAUCAAAAUAAUUAUAACAAUAAUUAAAAUAACCAAGGAAAAAGAGAUUUUCAAUUUGCUAGAUUAAAUCAAAUCAAUAACAAUUAAUAGAAUCAAUUUAAAUAAAAUAAUUCUAUGAAUUAUAAUAAUAAUCAAUAUUCACAAUUUAAUAACAACAGAUAACAAAUUUAGCCAUAAAAUUAAGGAUUAUAAUAAUAACCAACAAUCGGACUUUAAUUACUAUAUCAAAUGAAUUUUGAAAAUCUUAAAGGAUUUUUGAGAAUUAUAAAUAUUAAUGACUAUUUUUAUUUUGGUCUCAUAAAUGAUAAAGGCAUUACAUUUUAUCCUUAUAAUGAAACCAAAGGAAUAGAUAUUCUACAAAAGAUUGAUUUUGUUAUUCAAUAUGAAGUAGAAGAUGCAUUCAUAUAAUAAUAUACUUAAUAAAAUAACAGAAAAGAACUCUAUUGUUUGGUUAUCGUAAUUAUUGAGUCGUCUUUGAAAAGUGUUUUACUUUAUCCAGAUUUUUUAAAUUGCUAAACUAAUUUUAUUAAAAUAUCCGACAUCUCUAAUACGUACUUAAAAUAUGUACAUGUGAAUACAUUAAGUAGUGAAUUAUAUGCUUUUAGUUCAGAUGGUAUUCUAUUUGCUUAUUGAAGGAUUUAUUCGAGUGUUCGAUCUUCAAAAUACUCAAAAUUCAUUAAAGAAUUAUGCCUAAUAAAAAGAAGUCUUUUAGUCCAUUUUUUUCCUUAAUGAAACAUCUAAAGGAAGUAAUUUUCUUAUUUCAACAAAAAAUGGAAAUAUUUAUCAUUACUUAAAUCAAUAAUUUACUAAAUUGCAUACUUUAAUAGAUCAAACACUAAUAGAUAUAACUAUUGAAAAUGAUUCGAAAAGAGUUUAUUUAGUUACUAAAAAUUAAGAAAUGUUUAAUAUUUAUAUAAUAAAUGAAAACAAUGCUUUUGAAGGUCCAGUUUAUAUACAUAGAUAUCCUAUAUCGAAAGUAAUUGGUUUCAAAGAUUUUGAAUUAAUUAAUUGUUUAUUAGUAUCUGAUAAUAGAGGUUAAUUGGACAUUUUAAAAGAAUAAUCAUAUAGUGAUUAAGUGAAAUUCUUAAGGCAAUCUUAAUGUAGAAAUUAUUAUAUAUUUUAAGAUAAAUAAAUGGGAGAAGUUAAGAAAAUGAUGUUUUUUAAAAUGGCAAAUGUCAAUUAAGUUGUUGAAAAGAUGCUUUUUGUUUAAAGAUUAAGAGAUCCAUAAAAAUAAGAAUCAACUAAUUUUGAAUUUUAUAGAUUUUAUUAGAUGUUUUGA